AUGACUUGUUUUAUUUGUAAAAAAGACGGUCAUGUAGCCUCUAAAUGCCCGGAUAAUAUCAACAACACGAAUGUUCUUAACCAAAAAACACUGGACACUGCGGAGACACCAAUUUUCAAGCGCCCACACCCACCCACUGAAUCUUCAACUACAACUGACUUUAUGGAGUCCGAAACAACUAAAGAAAACAACGAAAAUAGUGACGAAGACUCGGAUGAUAAGUCAUCCCAGUCCAGCUUAGACGAAGCUUAUAAACCCAAGAGUGGAAAGAAACUCAAAAGAACUCAUAACGAUCUGGCAUUAAUCGACUGGGACCUAGUGGAAAACUUUACAUCUAUCUCCAGUAAAACGUACCCACUUUCCGGAAAACAAGUUAAAGAGUAUCUCACACACACAUAUGGAAUUAAGGAUAUAUCAGAAAUCACCUAUAAUUACACAAAAGAAAGUGGUGCCUUCAUUGAAAUGUUUAAUGACUUAAUACCGAUCAUCUCACAUCGCAGUGUUAAAAACAGACUCUCACGUAUCGUUGGUAAACUAAAACUCUUAUCUCUGAGCGUAGAGGACUACCAGGAGCUUUUCAGUUACUUAUCUCAGAAAACUAUAAUAUUGGGAGACUUCAAUGCACAUCAUACGGCUUGGUCAUACACAACUGACACACGGGGUAGACUUUUAUCGGACACUAGCAUAAAUCAUUACUACGUAUUUCUUGACAAUGGACACUUUACCCGUUGCGCUAAGUUUAAUGAUAGUACAAUAUGCACAUCACCUGAUAUAUCUUUUUGUAGUGCCGAUCUCUCACUCGACUUUGAUUGGAAUAUCACUAACGAAUCUCUUGGUAGUGAUCAUCUCAUUAUUUCUAUUAAAACAUUAGACAGUACUCAAAACAGCCCUGAAUUAAAAAGGAACAUCAAACAGGCCAAUUGGGUAGAGUACACAAAACACAUAGAAUCUACAUGUGAGGGAAUAGAUUACGGAAAUGAUAUACAAAGUAACUACGAUAAAUUCAUACGGAUAAUUGAGGAAAGUGCUAACAAAAACAUACCAUAUAUUAAAACCAGUUUUAAUCCUAACAAAUUUAAACCAAAGCCAUGGUGGAACCCUGAUUUAUCGAAGGCAGUAGCAGAGAGACGAUUAUCUCUUAAGAACUUUAGGAAAUUACGCACGGUCGAAAACUAUUUAAUUUAUAAAGAAAAAGUAGUUAUUCCUCGAAAAUUGAUAAAACUCGCUAAACGGAAUUCCUGGCAACGGUUUUGUGAUAGCAUAGACUGUAACAUGGCCAGUUUUGAGGUUUGGAGGAAACUCAGAUGGCUUAGAGCUCAAUUACCCAUUCACGAUCUUAAGCGACUUACCGAAGAUAUGAUAGACAUACAGUUUUCAGACUACAUUAAAAUUUACACCGAUGGGUCCAAAACAAGAGACGGGUCUAGUUUCGCGUUCUACGAUAUAGCUACAGAUUUUGGGUCCAAAUUUCUAAUUGAAAAUUCAUGUAUACCCAUCAUGGGAGUUGAACUGAUAGCAAUUAAAGAAGCAAUGCAUUAUAUAGAAUCAACAUCAUACCAUAAAAUUGUAAUCCUUACUGACUCGAAGAGUAGUCUACAACAUUUGUUGAGAAGUGCUAGGGGCGGUUGUGUCGGUAGAAAUGAAGCUUACCUCGUUAUUAAAUGUAUCUAUAGAUUGAUACGUAACGGGGUUGAAGUUCGUCUACAAUGGAUUCCCUCACAUGUGGGCGUCAGGGGCAACGAGGUAGCAGACUCACUUGCAUCUAAAGCUCUACGGAACGACAUACCUCUCGAUAUCACACCGCACUAUACUGACUACUUUCCAAAAAUUAAAAAACGAAUAUUAUCUUAA